AUGGAGUAUGCUAAGCUACCCAGGGGUUCACAAGAUAAGACGGUCAUCAAUCGGAUAAUGUUAAGAUUCCGGCCUAUAGCUCCAAAACCGGUGGCCGGAGAAACACGUUCCGGUGGGGAUCAGUGUGAUAACAAAAACCUGUUGCUUUCCAAGCCAAGAGCUAAACGAAAGUACGUUAGGGUUCGAAAGAAUAAUAUCAACAGAAAGAAAAGAUCAUCUUCAGAUCAUCUUCAUCAUGAAGAGCUUUCAAAGGAUCCUGAAAGGAUCGUUACUCUGCAGUUAUUACCAGAGAAAACCGAAGCAAAUGGAUCGAUUAUCAAACAAAACGAUGCAGUUUUGGAGGAAAAUCAAGGUACACCUUUGUUGUUUGACUUGAACUUCAACAACCGUUGGAUUGAUCGUAUGGGAGUCGUUGAGGAACCUGAUCAGAUGGUGGUGGUGAGUCAAAAGAGGAAGGUAACGGUGGUGGAGUCGUGGGUGACGGUGGAAUGCGUGACGGACACUUGCAUGGAUGGGAGAAAGCUAGGGAGUACGGACGUGGAUAGGACGAAGAAUCUGGAGGCUGACACGUGCCCAGGGUUUAUAUCCGAUGGUUUGAAUAGGGUGCAGUGGUGA